ACAGUCACUUACUACGCUGUCCACCUUGUCGUUUUUUCAGAGAGUAGCAGGGCUCACCCAUGAAAACAAAAACCUGCUUCAAUGCAUGCACUCUCCGAGUCCUAGAUUUCUGUCCAAAAAUGCAGGCUCAGAAACUGACACUCCCAUUCAAUAUUCUCACACCACUCAAUUUCUCACGUUCUCCUCAUAUUCUCCCUUCUUUGCCACCACUACAGUACCCCUCCUCGAAUCUUGCUUUCAGAGUCAAUCCAAAAUCUGGGUUUUUUCAGUUCAGUCAAAAGGAUGUCCAUAUCACAAAUUGGUUCUGGAAAACAUGGAGGCGUGGUUAUGAUCAGUUGUGGAGCGAAAGAAGGUGACAGUGGUGAUAAAGAUGAUGGGUUUUAUAUGAGGAGGUGCGUGGAGUUAGCAAGGAAGGCAAUUGGAUGUACUAGUCCUAGUCCUAUGGUGGGUUGUGUUAUUGUUAAAGCUGGCCAGCCUCAUGCUGAGGUCUUUGCCCUCAGAGAUGCCGGGGAUGUAGCUGAGAAUGCAACAGCUUAUGUGAGCUUGGAACCAUGUAAUCACUAUGGGAGAACUCCACCAUGCAGUGAAGUCAUGGUAAAAGCCAAAUUGAAGGAGGUUGUUAUUGGGAUGAUUGAUCCAAACCCAAUUGUGGCUACAAGAGGUGUGCAAAGAUUGAGAGAUGCAGGAAUUGAUGUAGUUGUUGGUGUAGAAGAAGAAUUGUGCAAGAGGCUCAUUGAGGCCUUCAUCCAUAAAAUGUUGACAGGGAAGCCCUUUGUUACGCUUAGAUACUCCCUCUCAAUCAAUGGCCAUCCCUUAAAUCAACUUGGGGAAGGAGUCACUGACUCCGGUGGAUACCACUCUCAACAAAUGGCAUGCCCCUGAACUGACAGUUUGAUCUUCCGCAUCUUUGUGCGAGCGAAGACUACUGUUAUCCUUGAAGCUGCAUUUCAAAUUGACAAUAAAGAACGACAUUUCCAGAAGAAAAUGUGAUCGCCACACAAUCAAAUUCAAACGUUAUUUAAUCAUUUAUCUGAAACUGAAAAGGUAUUUGAAAGAUCUCUUCGCCAA